AGUUGUUGUUCUCCUGCUUUGACAUUUGACAAGCUCAGAUCAUUGAAAAAAGAUUGCCGCAUUCGGCAUGUGUGUUUUAGAAGUUUAGAAUUUUGCUAAAAUUUUGUAAUAAUGAACGUGCUGAACAGAGUUUUGGUUGCCUCAAAGCAAGUGGGAAACAUAUAUAAUGUUGUUCGGACCAGUAUACUUCAUUAUAAUGGAAGCCUGCUUUCGAGUGCGACUCCGGCCUCCAUACAAAUGGCCAAAAGCUUCUCCGUUUCGAGCAACCGUUUCGAUUUGAUGGAUUUCUUCGACGACAAGAAAAACUGGGGCGAAAAUGAAGUUAAACAUGGUCGGGCGUGGAAUAAAGACGAGCUGCGAAUCAAGUCGAAUGUGGAUUUGCAUAAACUUUGGUUCGUGCUUCUGAAGGAACGGAACAUGCUGAUGACCAUGGAACAUGAAUGCGAGGAAAAGAUGGAACUAUUUCCCAGUCCCGAGCGGCUUGAUAAGGUUAAUGAAUCCAUGAAAAAUCUGGAGGAUAUCGUCCGGGAGCGGAACCGUGCCUAUCACGAACUCGAAACCGGCGAAACAGGAGAACGUCCGGGCAAACUUGUAACCAACCAGCUGGGUUUAAAAUUCUACUACCGGAUGUUCGAACACGUCAUUCCGAAGUACGCUAACCGAAAGUGGAAUGAAAAGCACAAGUUCUACUAUCGGGGAACGGCGGUGCAUAAAUUCCUGCGACUGUACCGGGAGAAGCUGUACAACGUUAAGAGGAAGCAGAGGAAUCGCGAUCGCAACGAAGUUAUGGGUUUGUUGAAACGCUACCCCAACAUGGAUCGAGCUGCAAUUGCUGAAAAGUACCCGUCGGUCGACAUUGAUAAACUGGUGAAGUACGAUAAAAUUCGAGGUAAUUAUGACUCGAGUAAGGUGUGAACAACAGUUAAUCGAAUGGUAAGUAAAUGCAUAUUAAUUCAAA